UGAACGAGUCCGGUGAAUAUCCAGACGUUUGUCUCACUUCAGGCUCGUCUCAUAGUGGAUCUUUGUGUGUCUCACUUGUUGGUCGGGCCCAAAAAAGAAAUCAUCGCGCGGAUAUACACUCCCACCUGGCACUCUACUGCCUAUAGUUAACCGGCGAUCGGCGUCAGUCACGGGAACGACCCAUCCAACAUUUUACUAUUCGUGUUUAUUUAAUUAUCAAUUGAUCAAUUUUUCAUUUCGGGGAAAACUUUGAGGAAAUUUUAUUUUAUUUAACUUUUAUUUUUCAACUUUGAGGUAUUCCUCGUGUUUUUGAAGCUGUUCGGGUUGACUUGGGGGCAAUUAAUUGACAUGUUCGAGUGAGCUCGAGGUGAAGUGAAGUGUCUUUGAAGGAAUUGGAUUCUUCUGACGUGAGUCUCGGAUAAGGGGUUUUGACGGAGUUAUUCUUUCAAAACGCUCUUUUGUGGAGUGCGUGGGGGCUUUGUUGGGGGGAAAGAAUGGUGUUUUGAAAGCACGUGGGGGACAUCGAUGGAAUCUGGUGAUUUUUUUUUUAUAUGAGAUUGGUGGUCGUUAACCUCGGGGUUCAAGGAGCUCUGGACGAGACGGAGAUAAUAGAUUUUGUCAGCAGGAGUGACAAUUACCCAGGUGUCCAAACAAUACCUGGACCACAAUACAGAAUGCCACCCCUGUAUGGCGAAGAACAAACCAACCAGAAUCAGCAGCCGAGUUUACAAACCCACAGCAAUAAAUUCCCGAUCGAGCGCGAAGUGGUGAUUUCCUCAACCGACAAGAACACGAAAAUUCCAAUUCUACACGAGUACAAACGAACAACCGGAAGAGUGGCCAUUGCUCCGGAUGCACCGGUGAAACAACAGGCGUGGGUCCAGGAGGGUAAUCAAGCGCAAGAGAGGCAAGAAGGUCAUGCUCGAAACUUUCAGCCCCCAGAAAUCCACUCGUCGACAUCGACAGGAGCUGUGCCCCGCACACCAAAACCCGAAGAGGACCGCACUAAAUCCCUCAGUAAGACUUAUCACACAAUCAAGGACAUGAUCUCAAGCCGCUUUGGUCCUUCUCGAAAGGACACCGACCCCGAUCCCGAAGUGAGUCUCAAUAAUGUCACAGAGGAGCUGCGUAAAUCCUCCCAUAAUAUCGACGAGGAUGAUUCCAAGAAGAAGGAAAUAGCUUAUAGCAAACCCAGAGCGGAUCCACCACCGAUAAACAUUCAGCAUUACCCUAAAAAUACUUAUCAGCAGUAUGGUCAUCCUUAUUACCAAAGUACCCAGCAAAAUGUUGCAAGUCAACUGCAAUCAGCUCCCCAAAUUCAGCCUAGCCUUCCAGGUCAGAGUGCGCAGCUUCACGUAACUCAUCUAACCCCUCCAGCAGGUGUUCAAACGGUGCAUCAAACCCAAGUCUCAGCUUACAAUCAGCCAGUACCCCCCAGAGGCGAUUACGUGGUGCAAGGGCCAAGCGGGCACCCGAUACAUCAACACCAAAACAUACCCCUAGGCAAACACGGUCUCCCGAUGCAGCCCGUGUCUUCCAAUUCGACUUACCAAAGCCCCCAGCAACUCCUCCACCAGUCCCAAUUGCACCAGAACUCGAGAUUCAACCAGCAACACGUCCAGAACAUGCAUCAACGUCAGUUAAUCCAACAGAUGCAACAGCAACAGCAGCAACUGGUUGUCGGCCAACAGAGUCCCAGAACCAAUAUGAGGACUCAGCAGCAGUUUCCGUCAGGUGUCUCCUACCAGCAGUACCAACAAGCCAGACAAACAAUAUCUCGAUCCCAAAUCGAUCUACCGAGCACAUCACGACAGGGUCUAGACGUGCGAAUCGGUGGACAAGAAGUGUAUUACCACUACAAUCAGAACAGACCACGAUUUCCAGGUACUCCACAGGUGUAUAUGAAACCAGAUAACGACGUCGAGUUCCAGAGGCAGAGCUCGACCAGAUGCAUUGAGAAGGCAACGUCACAGCCUCAGCUGUGUUACGAUGAUGAGAGAAAUUUGGACAGAAGACUCGAUAAGAAUGAGGAGAGCAAGAGCAAUGAUGGACUGCUCAGUGAGAAGUACGAGAUCACCGUUGAGGACAGGUGUCAGGAGUUCACCAGAAGUGACAGUCAACGGAACGACGAAUUCCGACCUGAAACGAGUUUUGGUAAUCGUAAGGAUGACGCACGCACCUCGAAGAAGGAGUCCGACGUGAGUCAUGGUGAGGAGGUGACUAAGGAUUCGGCUGUUCAGAAAAAAAUUGCUGAAAUUCAGAGGAGGGGGGAGAGCAAGGAUUGCAGUGAGACUGAUAAUUCAAGGGGUGGGGCUAAGAAUGGGGGACAGGUGAAUGAGGCUGCCAAGAGAAUUGAGGAGAGCAACCGUAGACUUGAGAUGAGCUAUCAGGGAAAGGAGGGGAUCAGGGAGGGUGGGAGGAAGGAGGAAAUGGACCACAGUAUGGCGAGACUUAAAAUUCAGAACCAGGGCUCUGGGUCGGAUUAUGACAAAGCUGGACAGAGCUCGAGUAAUGUUGACUCGGGACGGGGAUCUGCGGUUUACUCCAGCGGACGGAGGCCACCCCCGGAGGAUCAGAGUCAUCCGCAAGGUCAAGACUCGGAAUGGGUUGACAUCGUGGAAUCCGAGCUGCGUAGUAUCCUAGAGCCAAGAGAUGUACCAGCGAUGGCCCACUCCACUCUCUCGGAGAGUGUUUCCUCUGUGACGCCUCCAUUGCCGCCACUCUCCCCUCAUGGGAGUCCACGUACACCCAGGAAUCGAUAUUCAACAAGUUUACCUUAUGGAAGCAAACCGAAUUAUGGGGAUUAUGGGAAAGGCCAGGAGAAGAGGAACUUUCAAGGAAGUACCAAGCACCGGGGUGCGUCAACUUCAAAAAAAGAUGCUCCUAAAAAAUUUACGCACUUAUUUGGUGUUGAAGCUGGGGAUUUGACAUCAACAACAACAGGACUCGACCUGGAUUCAAUGUUGGAUAGAAGUGACUCUGAUCUGAGUACAAAUGACGCAAGAACAAUUCGAAAACAACUGGAGGGUCUCGAGAACAUGUACAGCGAGGUGUUAAAAUUAUUGGGAGGAAGCGUGAAGAAACGAAGAAAAGCGAGAGGAUUAACGAGUUAUGGGUCAGUGUCUUCCCUUCCUACGUCUUCGGUAUCCUCGAGGCCAGUUGCAAGGCAUCAUGAUAAACGAAGAGCCCACGUAAUUGACGACAGGAUGAAAAAAGCUAAAGACAUUAAAAGCAUUAACAAACGCUUUCAACGUCUCGAGUCACACGUAGUAACUCUGGCCCGAUCAGUUGCCCAUCUCUCUUCAGAGAUGAGAACCCAGCAUCUGAUGACAGGAGAUGGAGAAUAUCAGAGGUGAAAUAUCAGCAUUGAGGACACAGACCAGUAUGGCUAUGGUCAGAUCACAGUCUCAGCCUCUGCUCAAGGAUUCGGAAUUGCCUGCGCUGUCGAAUCCCUCGAGAGUCAAGAAACUCACGAAAUUCUUCGGUACUGAGCCACCGCUUAUCAGAUUGUUUCUCCGAGAACUCGGAUAUGAGAAAUACGCAGCGGCAUUUGAAAAAGAAAAAGUGGGAAUGGUAGAGCUGCCUUAUUUGAGUGAGGAGAGACUCCAGAAGAUGGGGAUACCCCUGGGGCCGAGAUUGAGAAUCCUCCAGGAAGCGAGAAUAUCUGUCUGUAAAGAUCCAAUUUACGUCGUUUGAACGCACGACGUUAUAUUCUCGUUAAUUAAUAGGAUAAAAGGAUGAAGAAGCCAUCGCACAUGAAAUCUACUGUUGUGUGGAUAAAAUUCUCCUUCGAAUGGCGAGGGCGAGUGUACUCGAUGGGAAUACGAAAAUCAAUAUUCUGAAUAUCUUAAUCCUAAAGCGAUUUAUUCCCACGAUGAAAUUUUCUAAAUCGAGGAAAAUAUCAGACACUUUCUUAUUUCACUUCAACUCACUGUAAUUCGAUAAAAUCUCAGUAUUAAUCGAGAGAUCGUCAUGAGAAUUUUAUUCCCCUGAUUAUUAUCUCCUCGACUGAAACUUCUGUUCGUCUUUUUAAUUUGUUGCGCUUUCUCAAUGACUGGAACGUACUAAUUCAAAUUCAAUUUCUGGGAUUAAUUGUUUUAAAUGAAAUAAUCUCUCGAUAAAAACCAUUUGAAUUUAAAAGUCAUUUAAAAAAUUGACAAUUCGAGAGAAUUGUACAUGUUCAAUUACAAAAUAGAUAAAAAUUGAAAAAUCGAUUGAUCUGUCGAGCCGAUUGGAUCGAGGGAUUGCGCUAAAAUCGAUUAUUCUUUGAUUAGAAAAUUAAUUAUCGAGUUCAUUAUCAUUUUUCAAAUAUCGGAAAUGACUCACUGGAAUUAUCAAUUAGUCGCGAAAUUGACAAUCAUAGUGUGGGGAAUCAUUGACCCGAGGGGAAUGGGUGCUUUUUUUUUUGUCAACUGUUAAUGGACACGUGAUGUUGUCUGAUGACUCACGAGGGCAAACGAUGGGGAGGGGAAUUAUGGAUCAAUGGGUCAAGUUUGCCAAAGAGUUACCGAAUGGUUUUUUCUAUAUAUUUUUUAUUUCCUCCUGUAUCAGUACUUCACAUUUGUUAUUCAAAUCGGAUAAUUAAAAUUUCGAGAGCGUUCAGGUACCAAAGAAAUGACGAUUGGUAUUCCGAGUGCCAACAAAGUGCUUCCGGAUUUAUAUUCGAUUAUUCGAUUAUUAAUAUGCGAUUAUUGUCUAUUUAAUCGAUAAUUCGAGUUAUUUAAGAUGGAAUUAAUUUUAUGUACAGUUGUUUCACUAGAUAUUAAAUGCGAUCUAGGAAUUAUUUACUGAUUAGACUCAUUAUUUUAUUAUCAUUA